AUGGUGAUUACAAGGCCUCCAUCGUCAGAAAAUAAUACUUCGGCGAGCUCCGUAUCACUCCCAUAUACACCUAGGUCAGGGUUAGUAGAGAGUAACGGUUUGGGCUGGCCAGGUAAGGACGAGGGUGGUAAUCAGGCUACACUUAUUGCACCGUUGGGAACGAUUGAAGGUAUAUAUAGCAGGCCUACUAGUCCUUACAGGUAUCCUUCACCCUUGGAGGUUCAUAGCCACGUUGAUGAUAUAUGCAGUCCCCCUACACCGUGGGAAGACCUAAGUGGUAGGGAGAGCCGCCGAAUCAGCCCUUCUGACCCCCCUGCGAAAUCUGUUUACACCGGAAACAUCUCGGUGGCUAUAAGGAUAAAGCCUUCGGAGUCUUCGACAAAGGAUCCGUGGUAUGCUUCUAGUAAUAAGCUUAUACAUACUGAAUAUGGAGAGUUCCAGUUUGAUCAUGUUUAUACCAAGGAGGUCACCAAUAAUGAGGUGUAUCGAGAUAUCGGAGAGCCCAUAGUGGACAAAUUAAUUCAAGGAUAUAACGCUAUUAUUUUUGCAUACGGAAUGACAGGUUCAGGUAAGACCUUUACGAUGAGUGGGAGCAAGCAAGAGCCUGGUUUAAUCCCACUAUGUGUUGCAGAUAUCUUCGAGAGAAUUACCGCAACCGCUACCUCUGAGAAGAGUUACGCGGUUAAAGUCUCAUACUUGGAAAUCUACAAUGAAAAGAUAUUCGAUCUUCUUGAUUCCAAUGAUACUGCCGCUAGACAGGCUGGAAAGAAUACUGCAGGGUUAAAGGUUCGUGACGAUUCUACAUAUGGUGUUAAAGUGGUCGACUUAAUCGAGCAAAAAGUUGCGAGCCACAGCGAGGUAAUGAAAUGUAUCGCAACUGGUGAUCGCAAUCGUAAAACAGGUGAAACAGACUGUAAUACACGAUCAUCUAGAUCGCAUGCAAUUGUGUUACUAAGGCUCGAUGUCACUAAUUCAAAGACUGGUCUGAAAACCACAAGUACCCUAUCUUUAUGUGACCUAGCAGGUUCUGAACGAGCUGUUAGCCAAUUGGUAAGACGACAGGAAGGUUCAUUUAUAAACAAAUCCUUACUCGCAUUAGGGACCGUAAUAUCCAAAUUGAGUUCCAACGGUAACGGAUCGGGCUCAAAUGGACAUCAAUUGUCUUCGCUGGGGGGCCAUAUACCUUACCGUGAUUCUAAACUAACAAGAAUCCUCCAGCCGGCAUUAACAGGCGAUAGCAUUAUUACUACUAUAUGUACAAUCGAUACAAAACUCGAAUCAAGCGCUGAAACAACAAACACGGUGCGUUUUGCAUCCAGGGCUAAGAACAUUUUCUUAAAUGUUCGCAAGAAUGAGUUCGAAAUGAACACCGAGAAAGAUCACAUAAUACAGAAUUUGCGAAAGCAACUCGAUGAGCAGCAUGCUACCAUCGCUAUGUUGCGUAGAAACAACUAUAAGGAAAACAGCAGUGUUUUGCUGCCUACCGGCGGCGGUGGUAGUCUUAGCGAAAAGGCCUUAAAGAUGGAAAAAGGUUUGCUAGAAGUGGAGAAUAACAUUCUUAAGACAAAACUAGAGCAUUGUGAGAAACUACUCGAGAAAGAUACAGUUGUCUUAGAAGAUCCUCAUGUUAGGGAAAUAGUCGAUGUUCUUCCGUCUGAUAUCGCGUCGCUAUUGGAAAGUAAAGUACAAAGCAUGGAAUCCCAGCUAAGGCAAUAUCGCCAGUAUGUCCUAAAGUUGGAAACUGACCUAGAAAAGGCCCAAAAGAACAUAAUUGAGACAAACACCGUUCAAUUCGACCGCCAAAGUACUGCAAAUAUCCAGCAAAAAUACGGUGAAGAUGUAGACGUAGAACUACUACUAGAGGAACAAGAGGCGGAGUUAAUGGAAUUACGCCGGGCUUUAGAAAGAAAAGAUAAGAUGAUAGAAGCAUUACAAAGCGCAAGGAGACUACGAAACAGCGCCCUUAGUCAGGUCACAACUGUUGUUCUUAACAAGAAGAGCCUGACUAUUGAAGAUAUGAAGGAUAUGUGA